ACAAAAAGCCAAUGCCUAACCAAACAGAAGAUUGUUUUGGCAAAUGGCGGUCGAAUGCUGCAUUAAAAAUUGCUUUCUCGAAGAUUGCUUUUUGUUGGUUUUCCAUUAAUCAAGAUAUAUUGGAGUUAAAUAAGGUUUUAGACCGUCUUUGUUUACCAUUUAUCAUUUCCUUGGAGAUAAGAAGUAUUUUGUUUUUUUCUCUUGGUUGAUACAUUUUAAAAGAGCAAUGCGGAAGCCCGUAGUUUCUGGCCUAUCAUACCCUUCCAGGAAAUCGUAACUGGAGACUUGGCACACUGCUUUUGAAUAUGGAGAAACUUCUCAGGACUGUGGAGUUCAGUGAAAGAACUUGUAACAUUAAAGAAGAUUCGAAGGAGUUGUCACUCCCUUUAGUGUUGAGAGUAAAAUCACAAUGUUUACUUUCCCACAAGAAAACAUUAGUCGAAGGGGAUGUUAUUACAAUUCAUGGACGAAAAUCGUUGGUGUUUUGAAAGGUAAAGAUAGCAAUGGUAGAAAUGUCAGUUUAUUGACAACUUGCCCCCAUAUAGUUCAGCUCGCCUUGCCAGAAGAGGAGCGAAAAUGUUUUAACUCGUUGAAGGAACUUUGCGAACAAGAAUCUCGUCCGAAAUUUGUGGAAAUUAAAUUAGAGAAAGAAACUGAAUCAGUUCAGAAUGGUGAUCGUUUGAAGGUUUUACUUGUGGAGAGGGGAUCAAAGGGUCCACUUUUUAUGCAUUUCCGAAACGAGAAGGGAAAGCACGUACGUCUUCCUGUAGAAAUCGAAGCAACUUUUACUGCAUGCCCCCCAGACGGGAAGGAAUAUUUCAUCAGUGAGAUUGCCAACAUCAACAAAGCCCCACUUGCUCUUUUCAUACAAUUUGUCCAAACGCCAGAUCAUGGAAAUGACAUGUUUCAUUCACUUGGGAUAAUUGAGAUCACAGAACAAACCACAGUCGAUAUGUUAUUUAUGACCCUUAGAGAUGGUGGUAACUUCUAUUGUUGUGUUUGUGUGACCCCAGAAGAUUUAACUGGUUUUGUUCCAAGAGGAUACAAGGAAGAUGAAUAUGACAAUUUUCGGAAAACAAUCAAAGAAUUUGUAGAUCUUGAAAAAAUUGAGACAGUUCAUGGCAACAGCAAUCCUCAAGAAUCUGAUUAUUUCUUUCUUUUACUUUUUGACAAGGUUUUUGGAAAAAGGAAAUUGAAAGACAAGGGCAAAAGGGUUCAAAGUUUGGCUCUAGAUGUUGAUGAAGAUAAGGAGAAAAAGCGAAGCAGUUUUCUUGCAAUUUUUAAAGAUGAAAAAUCAAAAGAAAAUAGUGAUAAUGAAAAGAAGGAAAAGAAAGAGAAAAAGAAAAAUAAGAAGGAAAAGGGAAAGGAAGCUGUUGUAGAUAAAAAGGAGGAACAAGAAAGUGAAGUUAAAGGUUCAGCUACUGCAGACAAUGAAAACAGCAGUUGCAAAGAUGAAACUAGUAUUGCAUCUGAAAAUGAUGCAGAGUCAACCGAAAUGAAAAUUAAAGUAGACAGUACUGCUGCUGAUACCAGGCUUAAAGAAGAAAAUGAAGCACCAGAUUUGCCUGUUGAAAUGAGCCCAAAACUGAAAAAGAAGGCUAAAGAAGAAAAGAAGAAGUGGAGGUUUGAUUUCAAGUCAAAGAUUUCUGGUAAUGACAAGAAAGAGAAGAAAAACAAGAAGGAAAAUAGUCUGGAUCGCAAUCUGAAACAACAAACAUCUUCUGACAAAUCCAAAUCAGAGCCAUGUAGUCCAAAUGAAGAAUUUGGUGAUGAUGAUUAUGAAUUAGCAGCAGAAUUGGAAACAAUUGCUGCCCAAAAUUUGCCAGCAGAUGAAAACCAUAAAGGUAAAGAGAAAUCGACAACUUUGAUCUCUCGCACCUGGAAGAAAAUGAAAAAGAGGAGAAGAGCCUUUUCAGCAUCAAAUAUGGCAAGCUCUGCAGAUAAAUCAGCUGACAAAACUGGGGAUAAAGGAGAUGUUCCACCGCCCCCCAUGGCUCCUGAUUAUUCUGAUGAUAUUUAUGAACAAAUACCUGGAGAGUUUAUGUCCCAAGAUAUUUAUGAGGAGGCAUACAGAGCAUAUGGUGCCUAUGAGCAGCCAGUGGCAAUUGUAUCUACCACUGAUACAGUUGAUAGUGGGUUUGAUGAGCUUGACCAAAAGGCCCUGGAUACCUUACGCCAGUCAUCUGCACCACCUCCUUUACCAGGGAACCACCCGGUUAUGCAGUCGGCCUCUCGACCCAGACGCGGUUCGAGUGUGAAAAGCAAUAAAGGAACCCGGAUCUCAGUUGAUAGCGAAGGGUUCCGGCGGUUUUAUGAGAGCAUGAGGGCAAGUGAAGCUGUAAUUCGAAGUUGGGGACCUGACGAGAUUGAAAAAGCUUUAAUUGACUUGCAGUUAGGUCACCAUUUUGAUAAAUUCAACGAAUCACAAAUCGACGGAAGUCUUCUUAUUGACCUGGACGAAGCAGUACUGAGAGACCUGGGACUUAGCCUCUUCGAAGCGCGGAAAUUGCGUAAGUUUGUCUUUGGCUGGCGGCCAGACUCAAUGCGUGAUUCUGUGUACCAGCAAAAGUACAGCAAAUCAAGCAAAAACCCAUUUGAAUGGAGUACAGAAAUGGUAGCUGAUAUGAUUAAAAGUGAGCUGGGUAUUCCGGAAUUGGCAAAAUUUUGCCUGGAGAAUCAAGUAAACGGCGAUUUGUUAAAAGACAUUGUUGUUGAUGAAGAAGUGUUGAAUUUUCUUCUGACCGGAAAGGCCAUGAGGCUCAAUGCAGUGAAACUAAAGAACUACGUGUUGGAUGGUUGGAGGCCACCAAAGAAGAAAGAAACGCGCGCUGGAAUACCAGAAUGUGAAAUACCAAGCGGAUCUGACUCAACAUACCAGCCGCUGACACCAACUUCAGUUCAAGGGAACGAGGCUUCAGAUGAAUACGAGGAGCCUUUACUUUUGUCUCCAAGGUCGCAAAAUGAUAACCCUAGAACAGGUAAAGCUGCGAAAGACGAUGUGACGAAUAAAAGGGAAGCUGUUUCGCCUGCCCGCUGGAAAGGAGAGGAAAAAUCUACUCAAGAGCAAGGAAAAGCCAUUGGAACACCAACCGCUGGCAUCAAUUCACUGAUGCAAAAGUACGAAAAGAAGUCUUCAAGUGUCGACGCGCCACGCCCUUUUAAAAAGGUCUCUUCUCCACGCUCACCCUCGUUUGGAGAUAAUCAAUCCAACGGAUCCAAUUUAUCAUUUGUUGCAAAUAUGAAAAUGAAAUUCAACGAUAAAUGGAGCUGCAGAAAAACAAAACAUCGAAAAACUUUCAUUUCAUCACAAGGAAACUUAAUAAGAAUGGAUGAAGCGAAAAUUGCCGAAUGGAGUGAGUUGUGCUACCCCCUGAAAGAAAUCUUCGAUAAUUUUUCCUUGCCACUUCUUGUUAUGGUCGAUGAAGGUUACAUGUUGAAUGAAACCGAGAGCUUAGCCAGUGGACAGCUGAUUACGAUUCAAAGCCAAGAGGAUGUGACACAUUUUAAAGGAACAGGCUCUGAUGGCAAGGUCAUUAACAUUCCAAUUAAGUGUCCUUUCAAAAUCAAGCUUGUUUCGCAGCAAGACGGUACAAAAUACAAGGGUAUUCGUGAGCUUUCAAUAGCCAAUCCGCGGCCAAAAUACGUCGAGGUUGUAUCAAAAGGGCGGAAGGAUUCAAAUCUUGUAAAAAACGGCGACAGACUGAAGAUAUUGCUAUCUGAACGUGGCCCAAACGGGCCUACUUUUCUUCAUUUUCGAAAUCAACGGGGAAAACAUAUUCGAAUGCCGAUUGACUUUGGCGGAGAAUAUUGCGCAUGUGCUGAGAGCGAUCAAGAAUAUUCGCUAAGUGAUCUCUGCAGUAAGGAACUGCCUUUGCUAGUUAAAUUUGUUGAUAAAAGUAAGAAGAAUACAGUAAGCGAAACCGUUGGAGUUAUCGAGCUUCAUGAGUGCGUCAGCGAAACUCUGGUGUUUGCGACUACAAAGUUCGAAGGAGAAGUUCUCGGUGAAGGUGGUUACGUCUGCUUUGCGCCCUACGAUGCCAUAGACAAAGCGUCUGAGUUGCCGUUACAAAAAGAAGGUGCGAAAAAUUUGUCGGACAGCGAAGAAACUGGUGGAUUGUCAAAAAUCAAUCAAGAUAGCAACCAUUACGAGGUGCCUAUUCAAAGAAACGAUCCCAAAAGAAAAAGUACAGGAUUUCUUUCAAGAGUCAAGUCAAAAUUACGCGGUUCCAAAUCAGAGAAUUUGAAACUGAAGCAAAGUAGGCCUGAAAUAGUUGUGGUGAGAGAAAACGGCGCUUUAUCUGAUGGUGGAGAUAGCGGGAUUUACGAAGAAAUACCAGGCGAUACCUAUGUUUCGAUGGAUAUUAUCGACGGUGUUCGAAGGACGCUCGGUGCAACGAAAUCAUCUGCUCCAAGGAAACGCUCGUUAACGAGGGUACGAUCAGCUGCGUCACCGCCACCGCUGCCAGAAAACCAUCCACUUGAACGCAGGCAUACAUUCUCGAAUAAGCUUCGUAGUUCUAAAGCCGUUCAAUCGAGGGUUAAAUUGGAACAGGGAUCUUCUACUCACGAAAGAGACAACUUUCGCAAGUUCUACGACAAUAUGAAGAAAAGCCAAUUGGAAUUAUUGACAAGUGGUGUUGAAAAUGUAGGUGUAAUAUUGAGCACUAUAAAACUUGAGAAGCACAAGAAGAAAUUUAAAGAGAAUCAAAUCGAUGGAAAACUGCUAGCCGACCUUGAUGAGGCUGUUUUCAAGGACAUGGGCCUAACUCCUUUCGAGGCGAGAAAGCUGAGAAAAUACGUGUUCGGCUGGCGACCGGAGAGUGAGCAGUGCAAACAAAAAUGUGAAUUUAAGUGUGACGACCUCGAGGCACAGAACUGGACAGAGGCCGAAGUUGAAAGCCAUCUUACUGGCCUAGGCAUGCAUGAUUUUGCAAGAUUUUGUAAAAACAAUCAAGUGAAUGGAGAUUUGCUGUGGGACCUUGUGGUGGAUGAGGAAAUGAUAAAUGGUUUAUUGAAGGGUAAAAACUGUCGACUUAAUGUUGUAAAACUUAAAAAUUAUAUAACAGAGGGCUGGAGACCCAAGACGAACAAGAAAAACAGUGACGCUUCAAGUUACGGUGUUGCAAGGCUGAAAGUCAAUGGCAAGAGGCCUGGAAACGAGGACACCGAUAUGAAUUCGAAAAACAGCACUUAUAUGUCUUUGAAGUUUGAUAAAACAAAAGAACCUACUUCAUCUUCUGUUUAUGAGAUGGCUGUUUCAAAAAAGGUUGGUUCUAGGCCUGGAUCCAAUGAGCGACAGAAUAGCGUCCGGUCAAGUACGCCUAAUUCUUCUGCUUCUUCCGUGGUUGAUAGCCCAAGAAGUGUUACUGGUGCCGGAAUGAGCAAAGGCGGUUUGAAGAAGGAUACUACGGAGCCGAAGGGGAGAAAUCGAUUGCAAGCUAAAGUUACCUAUCCGAAGAACAGUCCAUAUGGGAAGACAGCAUCUAAAGAUAGAGGGCCGCUUGAUAAAUCACCGAAUUCGCAGGUAGUAAGAGGGAAUGCUUUAGCAAAUGCUGGGACUAAAAAAGAGACAGAGAAACUUCCAAAUCAUCAAUUACGAAGAAAGAGAGAAUAAAGGGAAAAAGUAAGCAAGUAGCGAAAAAAAAUGGAAAUUCUGAACCACAAAUUCUUGACGAUGGAAAAUAUUCGGAAAAUAGCAAAUCAGGUGAACGUAGGAGUACAGGUGUUGUAAAAGGGGCAUCUGCAUUAGAAAAGGAACCUAAUACAGGCUCGAAAGAAAGCUUAAAACAAACACGGAAAAGGACAAUAUCUUGGUUUAGUAGAAAUAGUUCUAAAUCAUCACAAAAGAAGAAAGAGGACACUAGUGGCGCUUCAUCAAAAAAGUUUUCUACAGGCGGGACUGUUAAAGCGAAGACAGAUAGUGAAAAAGCAAAAAGUUCAGAAGACACAAAGCCUAAGACAAAAUCGGCUGGCCUUAAAGACUCAAAGACAAAAACUGAAAAUAAACAAACAACCAAAGUUGUUACGAAAACCCAAAGUAAAGUAAAGACGAAAGAUGUCGAUGACAAGAAAAAGUCUUUAGAUCAAGACACAAACCCAAAGAGCCCCUCAGUAAGGAACUUGAAGCAGCAAUAUGAGAAACAAGAGACAGCAGAAUUCGUUCAAGGUGCUCCUUUGCGAAGAAGUGGCAAGAUUUCUUCGAGAACUGCGUUUAAAAGGAAGGAUACAAUGCCACCAAAGAAAACUGAAAAUGAGGCAGCCGAAAAAUCCUCCUCCUCGUCUGUUGCCCAAUUAAGGAAGAAGUUUGAUAAUAAAUAGACCACGUGUUUCUAAAAUUCGAAGCUGUUAUUCAAAGUAGAGCAUUUUUAGCGUGGAGUUAACUUAUAUUUAGAGUUUAUUCGGCUUAAACAUCCACUUAACCAGAAUUUUCCUCGCAUAAGAUAAAUUCUUCCCCAUCCAUGACUGCGAAUUCAGAUACCCCCAAGCUAUUCAUUUUGGAAUAGGAAUCAUUCAAAGUGUUAGUAGAAAGUGCUACAGGUGUUUUCAAUUUGAUCUAAUUUUCAUUUUGUGAUAUCGGUUCAAGAAGUAUCUUUUUGUUAACAUCCAAGAUGCUUUAUUUUAUCAAGAAUGUUCACUUUCCAAAAUCAGAACUUACCUUAGCCCUGUUUCCUAAUGCACCCUGUCAGUUUACAUAUAUUCACGAUAUGAACAUUGAACGAUCCAAAAAUAUAUUCUCACAGUUAUAUCUGAUAAUUUAGUUCUACAGACAAAAUACAUAAGAGCUUCUAGAUCAAGCACAAAGCCAUUAUCAGUCUCAUUUUAAAUGCCCCCUUUGGAUCAACAUAGGACAAUAAUGACGAGUCCCCUAUACAUCCAAAUUUUUUAACAAAAUCCUUAGAACUCUUUCUUUGUGCAUACGUAUAUAUAAUGUAAUUAUUUUGUUUUCACGCAUAAAAUAGACGUCUAGUUUUUAAUAAUUUGCAUUAAAUUAGUUAAUUAAAGGCGAAAGUUUAAAGCUACCACAUUAUUGAAUUUUAGUUCAUUGCCCUCGUCAAUUCAGGGCCGGACUAAGAUGGGUGCUAUUGGUGCUGCAGCGUUAGGCCCAUCCCUGAAAGGGGCCCGGAUGAAAACAGACGAGAAUUUUCCUGGAGCUGAAUAGGCCCAAUAAAAAACUUUUUUGCUGCAGCAUCAGGCCCUAUUUGUGCCUAAUCCGGAUACUGGUCGUCAUUAAAAUAUAAACAGUCGUCUCGGAAUAAAGAAGGGGACUGUGAGGGCUUCAGCCCUUAUAUAUUCUCAAAAGAUAUUUUUAGCUACUGCCCAAACAUUUUAGCCCCUAGUUUUAGAAUAUCAAAAGCUUUUACCACUCCUCAAUCGUUAAUGUGCUCGUACUCCGUAGUUCUUGAAUAAUAAUAUUUUAUUGAACCUCUGAAGCAUACAGAUCGUUAGCAAUGUAGAAAUAAGCCUCAAUGCAAAAGCAUAUGACGAUAGAGCUGGAUAAGUAUAAGACAGAGCUCUGGUCUUGAAAUGAGUCCCGCUUCGAACAGAAAUACGUCCUUAGUAAAACAUUAAAAAAGAGAUCCAGCAUUCCUGUCGGUUGUGCAAACUAACCUUCAACCGCUUUAUCUUGAUAUUUGUCAAGCUAAGAUACCAAAAUCCAUUGUGGUAACUAUUUUGGCUCUAAUAUCCUUUUCAAAUGAACACAACGCUUUGAUCGAACGAUCUUUGAAGUCGAAGCAUAGCCUGUGAAAAAACGAAGGAACUGAAGUGAAAGCAAAAGUAAACUAGGAGAAUUUCAAUAAAAGAUCUUAGCACCAACAUCUAGCUCGAGUGAAAGCUUAAAAUUUAAUAAAUAACAAUUAGAAAAUUGUAUUUUAGAUAUUCGAAAGUACUAUGUUUAAGAUUUAUAUCAGAUACAUAAUUGAAUUAUAAACUCACAUUUUAACUUAUGGUGUGUUAGAAUUAUGCAUCGAUGUACUAAAGAUAAUAAUUUUUAUAAAGCAUGUUUACCUGUGUGCAGAUACACAUACGGUUCCAUAGGCAA